GUCAAAACUUUCACCUCGACGGUACGACCGUACGAGUAUCACGCUCACACUCCCUCCAUUCCAAAAUCCCCAAAUUGAAGAGAGAAGUCAUUCUACCGCCGCUGCCUUGCCGUGUAUCGUCCCCAGCCUACCUCUUCGCUGCCGCCGUGGUAAUCUCCACUCCGCCGUCUACACCCCGUUUCCGCCGCUGCAGUCCCCACUUCGCCGAUUCUGCUUGCCGUCACGUUUUUUGAGAAUGGCUGACAACGAUGCUUCAGCCAAAAACAUUCCCUCUAACAAGAAUAAUGCACCUUCGGUGAAUGAAAUUGAAACGUCCAUUGAUUCAUUGGCAAGAAAGGUUCAAGAGUCCUUCUCACUUAAAAAGAGGCAUAAAUUUUGGGAGACCCAACCAGUUUGCCAGUUUAAGGAUCUUGGAGAUACGCGCUUGCCUGAAGGCCCGAUUGAGCAACCAACACCGCUGUCUGAAGUCAAGCAAGAGCCAUAUAAUCUUCCACCUCCCUAUGAAUUGGUUACAUGCGAUCUGGACUCAGAGGAGGUGUGUAGUGAGGUGUAUACUUUAUUGACCAAUAACUACAUUGAUUACAAUGACAACAUGUUCAGAUUCAACUACUCGAAAGAGUUUCUUCGAUGGGCACUUCGCCCUCCUGGUUAUUUCCGGAGCUGGCACAUCGGGUUAAGGGUGAAGACUUCAAAGAAACUGGUUGCGUUCAUUACUGGGAUCCCUGCAAAAAUUCGUGUCCGUGAUGCUGUGGUGCUGCUUGCAGAGGUAAAUUUUCUGUGUGUUCACAAGAAGCUCCAAUCAAGGAGUCUUGCUCCUGUCAUGAUUAAGGAGCUUAGUCGGAGGGUUCGUUUGGAGAAUGUAUGGCAGGCAGCUUAUACUGCUGCCGCUGUUCUUCCUACACCAAUAACAACUUUUAUGUUCUGGCACAGGUCGUUGAAUCCGAAGAAGCUUAUUGAUGUUGGAUUUUGUAGACUUGGUGCAUGGACCAUGAGCGAAUUCAUCAAUUUUUACAAGCUACCAGAGCAAACCACGACUCCUGGCUUCAGAAAGAUGGAACCACACGACGUGCCUGCAGUUACUCGUUUGCUUAGGAAUUACUUGAAGCAGUUCGUUGUGGCGCCAGAUUUUGACAAGAAUGAUGUCGAGCACUGGCUGCUGCCCAAGGAAGAUGUCAUUGAUGCCUAUCUGGUUGAAAGUCCUGAAAGCCAUGAAAUAACUGAUUUAUGCAGUUUUUACACGAUCUCCUGCUCAAUACAUGGCAGCCAGAACCACUCAAUUCUGAAGGGUGCCUACUCUUAUCACUAUGCCUUCCACAACAACUCCGUAAUUUCAUAG